AUGUUUUCUCUUCCAAAUGAAGUUCGACUUGAUAUAUUAAAAUGCCUUAAUUUCAACCAAUUGUUUUCUCAAAGACAAACCAAUUUUUACUUUUGCAAUUUAAUCAAUAAAUAUGAAGAACAAUUGGCAAAGAAGAAAUUCAAUCGACUUUGGAAUGCAGCAUUAGCUAAAUCAAUCCAGUUGUAUUUAGAGCAUUCAAUAGAAGAGAGGCCAAUUCUCAUCAGACUUGAAACAAUAGAAGAGGAUGAAAAGAAUCUUCUCUUGGUUUUGCCAGCUUUUCCAAAAAAUAUCAAGGAUCUUGUUACACUUCGUUGUUGGUUUGAACAUUUAUUUGGUUGUGCUUUUGAAUAUCCUUACGUUGGUUAUAGAUUCAAUCCAGAACUGAUCAGGUUAUUAUUUGAUGAUGACGAAACAAUUCCUCAUCAAUUUCUUGCUUAA